AUGCCGCGGCAACGAGGGCGCGUGACCCCGCACGCGUCGGGGAAGGGCCUUCGUCUCAUCGGCGAGGUGGACGACAUCGCAUCGCCGACGAGGCGCCCGCCCGGCCCGCUCGCGUCCCCUCCGCCGCAGCCCAGCGCAUGGGGCGACGAGCGCGAGCGCAUCUACGCCAGCUCCGCGGAAAGGCGCCGGGGGUUGGAUGCGGCGUACGGCCGCGCGACGCCGCGCCGUUCGCGACGCGUCAGGGCGUCGGAUCUGCUCCGCGCCGGGUGGCACGCGUGUCCCGGCCUCCUGACCGUCUGGAUCCUCCGAACGCACUGCGCGACGAGACCCCUGCGCCGGUGGCGCGCCGUCGACAUCGCGCUCGCGCUCGUGCCCUUCACCGUCGCGUGCUGGCUCCUGGAGUGGGCGAGGCUCGUCGGCCCGCUGCGCCACCGCGAUCGCGUGCCGCUCCUGACCGCCCUGCUCCGCGCCGACGAACGCACGCGCGUCCACGGCACCGCGUGGUACCUCCUGGGCGUCGCGUUCGCGCUGUGCGCGUUCCCCGCCGACGUCGCCGCGUGCGCGAUAUGCCAGCUCGCAUUCGCCGACCCGGCGGCUUCUCUCGCCGGGCGCUCGCUCGGCGACGUCGCGUGGACCGGGGGCACGUACCGUCGUGGACGCAAGUCCGUCGCCGGAUCCGUCGUCUGCGCCGUCGUGUCCGCGUGCGUGACGUGGUUCCUGUACUGCGGCGUGUACGUGGUGAUGCCCGAGGUUAACGAAGAGCUGGCGUGGCCGCAUUUUCUCGGCGGCGCGGCGCUGGCGGCGGCGACGGCGGUGGAGGACGAGGAGAACGCGGGGCGGAUGUGCGCGCUGUGCGUGGCGUCGGGGGUGGCGACCGCGGUGGUGGAGGCACUGGCCGGGGAUGGGUCGUGGGGGGGUGCCGAGGGUGCCGAGGGUUCACGAGGGUCGAUUGGGAAAGGGAAGGGUGGCGGGGGAUACGCCGGGGACGCGACUUCGUCGUCGUUCGCGGCGAUGGUUCGGCGGGGCUUCACGAACGAUAACCUGGCGAUACCCGCGCUGGGCGGCGCGGCGCUGUACGCGGCGCGGUUGGCGCUGCUCGGAUCUUAA